AUGACGGUGCGUGAGCAAUGGAAAGUUUUGAAGGGUGAAAGCAAUGAUUCAUCUGAUUUGCUAUUUUGGGUGAAGGAAGUCAAGAAAUCGUCGACGAUCCCUUCUGAGAUUACUAAAUUAAACGUGUUCCUCGCAGGCAACAAAGAGGAAAAGAAAAGCGACUUUAGAGUGAUCAUUUAUGGAAGUAAACACUCGUGCACUGUUUAUGCCGGUGAAUCUCCUACCAUUAUAGCCAAAAUGGAGAAUAAUGGUGGCUUCAAUGUCUUGGUGUAUCCCAACGUGGACUACGCAUUCAUAGUGGCACUGCUUAUGAUUGUCAAGGACGUGUAUUAUUCUAAUGAGUCCAAAGGUAGUGGACAAAGUAACAGCGCUGCCAUAAAAAUGAUUUCAACAUCUUUAUCUCUUGAUUCACACGACUAA